AUGUCCCGGAGGACGCUGGGUGGAGGUCGUAUCCUAGGCAGCGCGAACGCUCUUUCCCCAUCGGCUUCAACCCCGUCUCCGCAACCCAAACCGAGGCUCUUAUCACCGACCGCCAGCAGCGUUUCCCUCAGCUCUCAGGCCUCGGCCUCCCAAUUCUCCUCCGAAACACAAGAUCUUACCUCUCGCAUCUCUCUCGAUAAUGUCGGUACCUCGAUUCCUGCCGCUCCGGCAGCUGCCGGAGCUCAACUGGCUUGUCCAAUCUGCAGUGAGGAGAUGGUAACAUUGUUACAAUUGAAUAGACAUCUCGAUGACGUACAUCAGAACUUGGAAGAUGAACGGCAGGAUGAAGUCAAGGAUUGGUUCAAAACGCAGAUGGAGAAAGCGAGACGGUUCCAACCUCUUGCCGUCUUGAAUCAGAAAUUAAAGGGGUUAGAUGUUUUCGAGUCGAAUGACAAUCUGCAAACCUUCGCCGGCCCCAGUCGUCCUUCUGGACUCAUGCAAGCGCCUGCCCCUGAACAACCGAAACCACUUGAUCCUGACGAUAUCAUAACAAAGGAUCAUUGGCAAGCGCGAGGCCUAUACGAUGUUUGUCUGGAACCGUCGUGCGGGAAGCGACUCAAUGCCACCAAUGGAUGUGUCAACUGUCGGAAAUGCGGGAAGCUAUUUUGCGAAGAACACACCAUGUACCAGAUGAAGUUAUCGAGGUCGGCGCAACAUGAACCGGUAAGAGGUUUAUGGUGUAGGGUUUGCGAAACGUGUUAUAAGUCUAGGGAGGGGUAUAAUGAUCACAAUGGCCUAGUAAGGGACCUGACGGAUGAUUUCAAAUCCGCGAGAAUGCAGACAGUCGACAAGGCUUUCUUAGAGGUAUCCCGGCUAGAGAAGCGUUUGACAAGACUCACCCAGCUAUUGGCUAGCUUGCCCGUGGAGCAGAUCCAAUCGAACACCAGUAAGAUCUGGUCCAUAGCCUGGCAGAAUGACCAACGAAAGGCCCUUGAGCAAACAGUCGUCAGCUGGCAGGACGACUCAAGUGUCUUGAGAUGCCCAUUUUGCCAGCAGGACUUUACCAGCUAUACUUUUCGAAGACAUCAUUGCAGAACUUGCGGGCGAGUUGUCUGCGGUGACCCAACAACCGGGUGUUCUACGGAAGUACCUCUGAGCAUCACCCCUUUAUCGAAGGCAUCUACAGAAAAGUCCAGUAAUAUGGACAUAAUGAACAUUGAUGUCAGGCUCUGUAAAGAGUGCAGAGCAACAUUAUUUGAUCGUCGAGACUUCGAAGCCGACCUCAUGCGGAAACCCCCAGACUUAAGGGCUUAUGAGAAUCUGGUACAGUUUGAGAGGGGCAUUCGAAUCCUUCAGCCUAAAUUUCAAAAGCUAUUAACGGCUUUACAAGACCCCAGGCGACCCCCGUCGUCCGCUCAAAUAGCCGAAGCUUCCAAAAUCCGCAAGCGACUUAUUGAUUCCUUCGCCCAGUAUGAUGUCGCCGCUCGACGCAUACGCGACUUGCCUGCAGAAUCUUCAGCGCAGCAACGUCUCCAGAAAGCUAUAUAUCAGCAGGCCAGCAACUUCCUUCAUCUUCAUAUGCUUCCUCUGAAAUCGCUGCCCAAAGUUCUCAAACAUUCGACACCCAACGGUCGACUACCAAGCUCUCCUACCAGCUCGCCCAGCCCUAGCAAUGGUUCGACGAGUGGUCAUCGACGACAAGGCUCUGCCUUGUCAAAUCUUAAGUAUAAUAGCGUGGCUGCAAGUGUUAGUAACAGCAGCCUGGCCAGCGACACAAGCAGCGCUAUUUCCGCACUAGAAGCAGAAGAAAAGUCGCUACGUGAGCGGCUUAUUGUUCUUGAGGAACAGAAAUUCUUCGUCUCUGAAAUGAUUGCCGAUGCGAACCGACGUCGCAAGUUCGACGAGGUCAGCAGUCUAGCAAUGAACGUGGAGGAUCUCUCCCGUGAAAUUGACCGUGUGAAUGGGAUGCUGGAGAGGCUAGACUUUGAGAGUGUCUAUACCAGCAAUCCGUCAACGGACUGA